UUUGACAUUAAAUCUAUCUGUGUUUUCUUGCUUAUUAUCUAAAGGACAGAGUGUCUUUAAGUAUUUUUUUGGGCUAAAAUCGAAGUUGGGUGUGUUGAAAACUGUUGGGUUUAUAAUUUAUUUGAAGGUUAAGUGUUGGGAAUCUCUAUUUCGGCCAAAAUCUGAUGAAAAUGGAAAUUCGACCUUUGUUUGUGCUAAAUCUUGUAGGAUAAUAUUAUUUGGUGGUUAAAGUUUGUUUUAAUUCGUUGCAUGUCGAGAAAAAGCUUGAAGAACUCAACAUUCUUUAUAUUCUGUGAUUUGAAAUCAGUGUUAGUGAACUGGAUUUCUUACUCGAUUUUUUUUGUUUCAGUUUGUCAUUUUUUUUAACUAAAAGGUGAAUGAUAUUUUCUGUUUCAAUAAGUUAUUUCAGCUUGUUCUUCUCUCUUAGCAGCAUUCUCAUUAGCAAAAUGUAUCGUUUUGUAGCAAAUCUUGCUUCCAAAGCCAGAGUGGCAAGAACCAACACCCAACAAAUUGGUGGAAGGUUAAAUUGGAGUAGAAGUUAUGCUGCAAAGGAUAUUAGAUUUGGUGUUGAAGCUCGAGCUGCAAUGCUUCAAGGUAUUGAAGAACUUGCUGAUGCUGUUAAAGUCACUAUGGGUCCAAAGGUGAAUUUUUUAUCAACCCCAUUAGUCAAUACACUCUGUUUGUUACAUAGAUUGUUUAUAUAUUUAUAUGUAAACAAUUCAACCCCAUUAGUGAAUACACACUGUUUGUUACAUAGAUUGUUCAUAUAUUUAUAUGUAAACAAUGUUUAGUAUAAAAUAUUGUGACUUAUAGUACUUGAAAUGUUACUGCAUCUUUAGAAGCUGAAAUAAGUGUCAGGUUGCUGAUUGUUUUUUAGGCAAGCAACUGCUAUAGUGGAGACAUAUUUUGUGCCUUACUUUGCUAUUUGAUGAACUGCUACUACAUUUGAAUGAGUUUUGUAUCUGCACUUUGAGAGUUGUUUACUGUGUUUGAAUGAUUGCAUUUACAACAAACAUAUGUGGUCUUUGAGAUAGAAACUCCUAUACUUGAUUGGUGCCUACUUUUGCCAAACAAGAAUUGAUGCUACA